AUGGCGCAAAAUGGGGAGGCUAUCCUGGGCAGCCUAUAUGUCUAUGCCCCCAACAAGGGUGCACCCAUAUUUUUCAUAAUCGUAUUUGCCAUUUCCGCCAUUACUCACCUUUGGCAGUGCUACCGCUAUAAGUCCUGGAGAACAAUGGGACUGCACCCCCUGUGCGCUUUCUUGUUCGCUUUGGGCUACGCGAUACGGGAGUACGGAGCUGAUAACUACAUGUUCGACCCGAACAACAAGACACCCUUGAUCAUGUUUAUUUUGAGUCAGAUUUGUAUUCUUAUUUGCCCCCCAUUUCUCGAACUCGCCAACUAUCAUCUUCUCGGCCGUGUAUUCUACUACGUGCCUUACGCCGCGCCUCUUCCUCCAAGCCGAGUUACCUCUUUCUUUGGCGGGCUGAUGGUUGUUAUAGAAGGCCUGAAUGCGGCGGGAGCAUCCUUGACAUCCAAUGCCAAUGCGAAAGAAGCCACGAAAAAGGCAGGGCACAACUUGAUCCUCGUCGCCCUGGCUCUCCAAAUCCUUGUCAUUCUGGUCUUCGCCUUUCUCUCCAUCACUUUCCACCGGCGGUGCAUCAAAUCCAGGUUCCCUAUGCAGGCCAGGGCAGUAAGAUCCACACUGAUCACGCUUUACAUGAGCAUGACCCUGAUAUUUGUGCGUUGUCUUUACCGGCUUGUGGAGAACGCGACGGGCACAACAAGCGUGGACCUCCGGAACAUCGAGGCCCUGAGGAGACUAAGUCCUCUUCUCCGGUACGAGGUAUUCUUCUAUAUCUUCGAAGCGAGUCUGAUGCUCGUGAAUUCCGCGUUGUGGAACGUUCGCCAUCCAGGACGAUACCUGCCUCAAGACCACCACAUAUAUCUGGCACAAGAUGGGACCGAAGUCGAAGCAGACGAGGAACCAAGCGAUCGCAGGCCAUUCGUUCUCAAUAUGGCCAAUACUCUGUUUUGUGGUAUGCUCUUCCGCGACAAGAAGACGGGCCCUCACGCGCAAUUCCAAGAGCUCGAUGAUCAUCUGCAUGUCAAUGGACAUAAAAGACCAACAUUGGCGUGA